AGUGCUGAUCUGGACUUCAUCGUUCUUUCCCUUGUAGUGUCUUUGAUAUGAAGAUAAAUCGCGCGCCUUCUUUCGCUCAUUAGACGAAAAAUUUGAGAACUCGCAAGGUUGGGACGUAUUUUGUCAACGAGAAGAAAAAUCAACGCUUAAAUGACGCUAUUUGAGGGAUAUUCAUCAUAUUAGGAGGAAUUGACUUCACAUCGUUUAACGGCAUUUUGUAACAUCGCUAAUCGAAGGUACGUCAUAACGAAGCGGUUCAAGGGUCAGACCUAUUUCAUUUGCUUUGUUGACAAACGGAUCGAGGGAUCUACACAAGAUUGGUCUGCCAAGGUCAAUGAAGGAAAUCAUCAGUGUAUUCCGGAGUAGCUGAAGUCUAAAUAUGGUCUUGUGGUGAGAGUUCACGUUGUUAUCGUGGGAGGACGGUAUUCAUACCCAUCAUGCCGAGCGUCUCGUGUGAAGGGGUACAGGUGGACUUCCCUUUUGAGCCAUAUCCUUGUCAGAAAGACUACAUGAACAAAGUUAUACAAUGUCUCCAGAAGAGAAUUAAUGGAGUCCUCGAGAGUCCAACGGGAACCGGGAAGACCCUGUGCCUCCUCUGCUCCACCCUGGCCUGGAGACACACCUACAUUGCCCAGCAGGAGCUCGGGAAGUGUCUCAAGGGCAACAGAGGAGGAGGAGGAGGAGGAGACGGUGCUUCAGGAGCCUACCAGGAGAAGCUGAUGACGGACCUCAAGACUGGGGCUGGUUGGGGAGAGAGCAGUGAAGAAGCUUUAUUCAUUGACCGGCCGAAGAUCAUCUAUGCUUCAAGAACGCAUUCUCAGCUUUCACAGGCAUUGGACCAACUCAAAGAUACAGUAUACAGGCCGAGAGUGUGUGUUCUAGGAUCUCGGGAGCAGAUGUGCAUUCACCCUGAAGUACUCAAGGCUGAAAGCAACUCGGCAAAGGUGCAUAUGUGCCGUGCAAAGGUGAAUGCCAAGAUGUGUCACUUCCACAACAAUUUAGAUAAUAAGAAAGGAGAGAAAGCAUUUACUGAAGGUAUUCUGGACAUUGAGGAUCUAGUCAAACUUGGAAAUCAACACAAAGUCUGUCCGUACUACAUGGCUCGAGAACUCAAGACCUCCGCUGAUAUCAUAUUCAUGCCUUAUAACUACCUCUUAGACCCCAAGUCACGUCGUAUUCAUGGAAUUGAGCUAGCAGGCAAUAUAGUGAUCUUUGAUGAGGCUCACAAUGUGGAGAGGAUGUGUGAGGAGAGUGCAUCCUUUGACCUGACCUCGUUUGACCUCGCUUCCUGUGUUGAGGAGACCGAUCACCUCCUGAAGAAGACAGUGGAGGUCACCAUGCUGAAUGAACGUUACCAUGGAGAAGGGGUCGGAGGAGAUGAUGAUUUUGAUGCUGCUGGACUUGCUACUCUCAAAAAGCUCUUCUUAGAUCUUGAAGAACACAUCAGUUCCUUCAACAUUUCUGCAAACAGUGAUGGUAUCACCAAACCUGGGAGCUUUAUAUUUGAGUUCUUCAGUCAAGUCAACAUCAAUGCUGAGACCAAAAAUGAAUUGAUGCAGCUCCUUGAGAAAAUGAUAUCACAUCUCACAAACAGCUCAACAGUAUUCCACAACAAAGCUGCCGGCCUGCAAAAGUUUUAUGACAUUAUAACAAUUGUAUUCAAUCGCGAUGGCCCUGAAGGCGAUAGGAGAAGUCAGAUCUCUGCAUCUCAGAUGACUAGAUAUUACAAGGUCCAUAUUAGGACCACGGAGGCAACCCAGAAAAAGACUGGAAAGCUGGACAUUUGGGCAACCUCCAGUAAACCAAAGAAAAAGGGUUUUGUAUUGAGCUACUGGUGUUUCAGUCCAGGGUUCAGCAUGCAGGAGUUGUAUUCACAAGGCGUCCGUUCCAUCAUCCUAACUUCAGGGACUUUAGCUCCUCUCAACUCCUUUAAAUCCGAGCUUAAAAUUGAUUUCCCAGUUCAGUUGGAGAACCCUCAUGUGAUUGACAAACACCAGAUGGUGGUGGGCGUUAUGACCAAAGGACCGGAUGGGACCACUCUCAAUUCAUCUUAUCAAACGAGGUUCAACAAGGACUAUGUGCUCUCACUUGGAAAUGCUAUAGUUAACUUUGCCCGUAUGGUGCCCAAUGGUCUGCUAGUCUUCUUUCCAUCCUACCCUGUCAUGAAUCAUGCUCUUGAGAUUUGGCAGGAAUCUGGCGUCAGCAAUAGAAUCUCUCAGUACAAGCAAAUGUUCAUUGAACCACGGGGAAAGGCAGACUUUCAAGAGGCGAUGGUGUCAUUCUACGAGCGAGUCAAAGACCCUACCCUGAAUGGAGCUGCAUUCUUUGCUGUCUGCAGGGGAAAGGUAUCCGAAGGUUUGGAUUUUGCUGAUAACAACGGUCGAGCAGUGGUCAUCACCGGUCUCCCAUUUCCACCCAGGAAAGAUCCCAGGGUCAUGCUCAAGAUGCAAUAUCUGGAUGAAGCCAAGAGAAGAAAUCCUCAGGGUCUAAGUGGUCAGAUGUGGUAUAGGCAACAGGCAUCAAGGGCAGUCAAUCAGGCCAUCGGUCGGGUCAUCAGACAUCGCCAGGACUUUGGAGCCAUUCUCCUCUGCGAUACAAGAUUCACCAACUCCGAAGCGAGAGCCCAGCUACCAUCUUGGGUCAGACCUCAUCUUGCCGUCUAUGACAAGUUUGGACAGGGUGUCAGAGACCUCAUGAACUUCUUCAAAGUUGCUGAAAAAGUGAUGCCCAAACCGCAGCCGAAGUCCAACAGACCCCAGGUCACUGUCGCAGCAUCUGCGUCUUCGUCCUCUACAUCUCAGGAGCGUCCUUCACAGGUUGCCAUGGCAACAUCUUCCGCAUCCUCCUCCUUCAAGAACGUCUCCUAUCAGACGGCCAAGCAUGUCGACGCUCAUGUACCAAGCUUGAAGAAGAAUAAAGAUGGAAGUAAUGUGUCAGAAGCCCAGCUAAAGAUUAUGUACGAGGAGGCUAGGCCUUCAUCCUCAAACACAGGCUUCACGCUCCUAGAUGCUCUACAUGAUGCAGAGAAACCAAAAUCUGAUGACUUUGCGAUUCCAACAAGUAUACCUUUGUCAAAUCAGGAGAAUGCUUUGAAUAAACGACUGGAAGAUCCCAAAAGGAAGAAGAAAAUCAUCAUUAAAGAAAAUAAAUUUGGGGGUCAGUCAUCAUCCUCAUCGUGUUCUUCCAUUACUAAGAGACAACGGACUGCUUGUCUUGUGUCUGCCAAGGACUACGUAACAGAGGUGAAAAAGAGACUCAGUAAAGAGAACUACAAAGCAUUCUCAAAUGUAAUGCAGUCAUAUAAAAAGGAUAAUGACUUUGGUCUGAUGAUAGCUGGUCUAGCUGAUCUCUUCACAGAAGAUCCCACCAAAUACCAUCUCUUCAGGAAGUUCUAUAGCUUUGUACGUCCCUGCCACAAGAAGCGGUUUGAUCAGCUCUGCAAAGAGAUUACAGGCGAGGGAUGUGGAUACAGACCGGAGGACAGCAUAGAAAAGAAGAAGACCGAUGAUGCCGAAGAUAAAGCACAGAAGCCCCAAGCCAAAAGGAACAUGGAGCAGAACACUGUUGGUGAAGCAGCGAAAAGACACUGCUCUGGCUUAGGAAGUACCUCCAGCAUCGCAACCACUAGUCAUCUUAGCAGCUCAUCCCAUCUCAGUAAGGGUGCAGACCUACUCAAUGGUGGUGCCGACCAUCUGAACAAGGGUACCGUACACCUGAAUGAAGGUGCUUCACUGUGGACUGAAGGUGCAGAGAACUUAGAAGGUAGCUGACAUCCAAACAGCACAUCCCAUCUUGAUGAGAGUGUAGACCUAAAUGUUGGUGCCAGCCAUUUUAAUAACAGUACCAUGCACUUCAAUGAAGGUGCAACAGUGUAGACUGAAGGCGAAGAGAAUUUAGAAGGUAGCUGGACUGUAGUCAAUAUGGUGUAGCAAAGGUUUUGCAAAUUGGAACAAGGGCACAAUGCACUUUAUUAAUGGUGCCUCAUCGUGGAUUGAAUGUUCAGAAGGUGGAUUGAAGGUGCAGAAACCUUAUAAGGUAGCUGACAUCUAGUUGAUGUGGCUUAGCUAAGGUAAAACAAAUUUGAGCAAGGGAACCAUAUAUCUCGAGGAAGGUAUUGGAUCACAUAAUCAAGGUGGAGAAUCCCUUGAAGGUAGCUCACAUGGGGAUCUUGGUUUGGCCAAAGUAUUACCAAAUUUAAUAAAGAUACAACAUACUUUAAUGAAAGGUGCCACGCCAUGAACUGAAUGUAUAGAACUGAUUGAAGGUAGCUGACAUGAGAUAGUAUGACUCAGCUAGGGUAUUAAGAAAUAGAACGGAGGUACCAUGCACUGUAAUGAGGGUGCCUUGUAAUAGACUGAAUAUGCAGCAUUGUUGAAGGAAGCUGCUAUUGUAUUUCUUAGUCAAGGUUUUGUCGUACUGAAUAAGGGUAUCGUGGGCCUGCUUGAUGUUGCUUUCGAGAUGCAGAGAUGAUGAAAAAUGUAAUUGACAGCCAUUGAAAGUUUAUAGUAAUGGUCUAGUAGUUAGGACUCUCGUCUUUCAAUCGGAGGGACGUGGGUUAAAUUGAAGCCAUGGAAUGUUUUUCUUCAAGAAAUUUACCUACAUUCAGUGCUGCACUCGACCCAGGUGAGGUAAAUGGGUACCCGGUAGAAAGAAAUUCCUCAAAUGCUCGAGCGCCUAAUCAAGGUAGCCUGCUAAAGCUGGGGUAAUAAUAACUUUAUCAUGUUAUGCAGGACCCGCUGGGAGAACAGUAUCCAGAAAUGAAGUGGCUACCCUGGGUAAAAUAUGAUGUUAUUAUUAUUAUCAUUAUAGUGAACAGGAUGCAUGGCACUUGGAGAGGCCAGGUCCAUCCCAGCAACAAAUUAAUUUGAAUAGGAAGAGAAAACUCAAUAACCAUAACAUUAAACAUUUCAUCAAAAUUGAAUUUAAGAUAAGAAUUUUAGCAUUUGGAAGUAUCACUCAAUUUUACAACCGUAAUGCUGAAAAUUCCAUCCAGAUCACACAGAAAAUGAAGAAAAAAAAAUGUUGGUAUAUUGAAGUAUCACUAAAAUUUACAAAGCAGUCUAAUGCACCAAAUGGAUGGCUUGCAAAUGAGGCAGCUGAAUGAACUGAUAUCUUUCCCCCACUGUUUCUUUUGUAUAAAGUCAAUAUGAAAUAAUGUUUUUUUUUUUCAGUAAUGCGAAAUAUGGUUUGACUCUAUUGAACGUGUAUCAUGACAGAAUUAUUGUAAUGAUACAAUCAAGACCUUCUUUACUAUCAAAUUGGCAAAAAAAAAAAAAAAUUAAUGUUUCAUACAAUGAAAUACAAAAGAAAAAGUGACUGUGUGUUGGAAAUCAGCGACUCCCUCAGUCACAUUAUUCACAUAUCAAACACUUUCAGCAUAACUUGAAGUGUCACAAGCUCCUUGUUUUGCAUCUGAUUUUGAUCAAGGUAUUUUUAACAGUUUACUGUUAGUAAUUUUUCUAUAUUUUCAUUUAAAUCAACUUGUUACUUGGGUGAACCUGGCCUUGAGUAAAGUAGAUGUUGGGGGCGUGUUUCAUGAAGAGUUUAGUCAUUGAUUUUCACUGACUAAAUUCACUUUCAGCCAAUCAGAUGCAUGGAUUCCCAGUACCUAAUAACAUCUGUCUGUGAAAAUUACUGACAAAAGUCUUCUUGAAACCCCCCCCCCCCCUUUCCUCUGUAGGUGGGAAGGUCAGUAUGAAGUGGAGGUUUUAGACGGGUAUUAACUGAUGAAGAAUAUAUUUCUUUGCAAUGGUACUGCCAAGUGGAACAACGGUUCUAUGCUCCCAGAUGCAUGCAAGUGCAAAGAAAGAGGAAGGAAAGAAAUGAUAUAAAACACAUUUUCUAGUUUAUUAUUAUAAUUUUUUUUACAACAGCAUGAACUUUGCUACUUUCAGAAUGAAUUUUCCAUCUCUCAUUUAAAAAAUUGGGAAUUGGCAUGUGUAAUACACUUUUUGAAGAAAAAAAAAGACACACUGGCCAAUAUUCAGAACCUCUGUUUAGCGUAGGCCAUGGUCUGACUCUGCUAAAAUUAUGUGAAGCCACCUUAUCAAAGUUUAUUCAGAUUGUACGCCUUCAAAUUGGCCCAGUGGAUUAGUCUCCGGACUUUGAAACAGGGUCGUUGGUUCAAAUCCCAGUCAUGGGGUAGUUUCCUUCAGCAAGAAAUUUAUCCACAUUGUGCUGCACUUGACCCAGGUGAGGUGAAUGGGUACCUGGCAGGAAUUUAUUCUUUGAAAUGCCAAGCGCUGGAAGCUGGCUGCUUGAGCUACAGCCGGGGUAAUAAUAUCCAAGUCCUUUGGAAGCGCAUAGAGACGUUAUUUAUAAUGUGUUAUGCGCUAUACAAGAACUGACUAUUAUUAUUAUUUGCAAUGCAUUUUUUUCAUGAUUUGAUUGUGAAGAAAGCUUUUGUGGUAAUUAUUACCAGAUAGUUAUGAAUGAUUUCAGUGUCAAAUGAGCUGUUACUGCUUUUGGUCUGCGUCACGUCACAAUUGGCUAUCCACAGCUUUACACCAGAGUUUGAAUUAAAUCUGAUUUGAAAAUAUGGGCCAUCGUGCAUUGAUUUUCACAUAAAACUAUACUGGAAUCAUGGGGAUAAUUGAAUUAAAAGUGCCAGUUCAUUGUUAAUUAUUAGUGUUGUAUGAGUCAUAAGGUGAAACAAUAUUAUUCAUUUUAAAAGAGCUUGUAUCUAUUUUGAAAUAUUGCACUUUUAUGAACAAUUAUAUUGAUAUUAUAGACAAAAAUUAUACUGUAAAACAGAAGCUCAUUUAAACAAAUUUUAUUGAAAAUUUCAACAAAGCGUUGUGAAUUGCUCAAAGCUCAGUUUUCUAUACACAACUGUCUAUUAUAUAUGUAUAUGCAAGUGCAAUUAUCUUUGAUUAAUAUUGAUAUUUACUCAGAAAAAAUUGUGUUUUUCUCCUUUUUGUAAUUUUGCGGACAGAUUGAAUAGGUUCAUAAGAACACAAUAAAAACAUAUCACUAUAUUCCAGGUAA